CAAACGCAGCCAAACUUCGGUGUGACACGGAGCUGAGAUGAGUGAGCUGCUGGCACUGACACGAUUGCGGCAUGGCAAAGUUUGACUUGUUUGGUGAAAAAGGUGAGUAACGUUUGUGUAUUUUGUGUAACAUUUACUGCGAUACAGGUGGCUACAUUUACUUGAUGCUAAAAGUUUGACCGUUGAACAUCUUUGUUAGCGCAUUAGUUCAUCCAAACACCGUCCAGCUCAUCCUCGUUAACGCCUAAUUCUGCCCCGUCAGCUCGUUUCAGGAGAUAAUCACAGUCAGUUUUAGGUAAACAAAGCGGCUUUUUUGCUGAUUUAUUUUGCUCGAUUAUCUCCACUUUGACGGCUUGUUUCCAUCCACCUGCAGGCUGGCUGUAGUCGGACGGGAAACUCUGUCUUGACCGUCCCCCUGACGGGUUCAUCCACCAUGGGGAUGAGGUGGUCUCGCAGCGACAGCAGCCUGUCACUCCUCCCGGAGAGAAAGAACAAUGCCCGGUCAGGAGAGCAGAACGACUCUGAUAAUGACUCUCUGGAUGGGAUGAGCAGACGUGAGGAUAUAGCUCAGUUUCCAUAUGUGGAGUUCACCGGCAGGGAUAGUAUAACGUGUCCAACAUGCCAGGGGACAGGACGAAUAUCAUGUAAGUACAACAACAGUAUCAUUGUCCUGUACUGGAUUAGCGUCUCUUCAGGAAAGCACAUGCGCCAAAUCACAUCACAGCAUUGGAAAAAGUACACAACAUGUGGUAUAUGUGUUAGUUUUCAGUCUUGGAACACAAUGUCUUUGCCCGUCAGUCAGAUCAGCACGCACUUCUUUAUCAUCAGCUGAUACAGCACACGUCUUUGGAGAUGUCAGCAUGUUUGUGUCCAAGGAGAAAAAUGACAAAUACUUAAAGGAGAGGUGAUUUUUUUAAAAGUGUUUUAGUUAUAUGCUACACACCAUGACAGAGAUACACACAUAUAGAUGUAUGCUGCUCACGGAUAAGUGCUCAGAGGGGUCUAAUGCCCUGCACAAAUCCACCUUUUCCCAGGGUGUGAAAUGGUAUUUCUAGGGCUGGGACGAUAUGCUUUUCUCCUGAUUCAAUUCUUCUACGAUUUUUUGGAUGCUGAUUCGAUUUAAAUUGUGAUUCUAUGAUAUUGUUGAAUUUCUUGACCUUUUGUCUACAUUAUUAACACCAACAACAGUUGAAUGAUUAUGAUUGUCUACUGACUAUUCCAGGAACCAUAUUUCCCCCAAAAACACACAUCACAUGUAAGUCAGUUUUUAAGAUUGAAGGUCCUUUCACACCGGGACCGUUUUUUACGUGCGAUUAUUUCGGACGUCGAUAUUUUUUUUCGAACCCGUAUCCUGUCAAUACAAGCGUUCACAUCAGCGACAUUUUCCCGUCCUGCGAUAUUGCGGCAUUUAUUUUUUCGGAUAAUGGUUGAUUUUUCUAAAGUUUCGUUUACUGCGUAUCCACUUCUGACCAAUCAGAUUGCGUGUUGUUGCGACGUCACAUUCACCGGUAUAUCCAACAUGGCCAACCGGCUGAUUGUUUACGUGUCGGAGAACAGAGUGCUUUUUGAUAAAAGACACAAAUAUUACAAAGAUAACGACCUGAAGGACAAUUUGUGGAGAGUCAUAGCGUUGAAUUUCUCAUAUGACGAUGGUUUGUGUGCUUUAACAGUUUGCUAAACGUCUUUGUUUUAACUUUUAUCUGUACUAAGUAACUUUAGCUCGUAGGCUAACCUGUUCAGAUACAACAUACCAUAUGUAUUUUCACUGUUUUAAACUGAAUUGCGUUGCUGUCACAGCACCAUUAGGUCUCCGUUGUUACUUUACAUUUAUGGAUUAUAGUUUAAUGUGCUUAUCUGGUACUGGCUCCGACUCAGUACAUGCUAUCAUGACAGACAGCCAUCUCAACACUAGUGUCUAAUCAGAACUGAAAAACAGUCAGUCUGCUGUUGUGUCAGUCUUCUCACUUCCACCUGGGACGUGUUUUUUCCCCCUGGAAAGUCGCAAAAUUGCAUCGGGCUUGAUGUGUAUAGUUAGGCGCAUCAAAAUUCACCUCCGAAUAUUUCGUAAUUUCGCGUUCUGUAUUCGCAUCAGCUCCGGUGUGUAAGGACCUUUAUUCCUGAAUUUGAAGAAAAAAAAAAAAAAAUUUGAAUAUAAAAAACGAUUUAAAAUUGUAAAACAAAAAAUCGCAAUACUUUUUUUCUCCCACCCCUAGGUAUUUCCAUAAUAAGGGUCUUAGAGCUGUGGUCCCAGGAUGGCAGUCAUGAAUCUGCAGCCUAGUUUGCCACUCUGUCAAGCCCCUACAGGCAGAGUAACAGCCAUUCUCAGUGUCUGUCCUAAGCAGUAUUGUAAUGAAAUUAAAAACCAAGAAUAGCUGGGGCGGAUAUUUUGACUUUAUUGGUACAUAUUUUGGCUCAAAAAUAUGAAUCAAUAUAAAAUUUAUGGAAAAGCACAUCUUGAGUAUUAUGAGAGUAGGUGGUUUUUUGGAAACACAUUUUCAUAUUACAAUCUUUUUGCACAAACAGAGGCUGUGAGGCUGCAUGGUCUGUGGAAGCGCACUCCACUCUGAUAAUGUUUCAGUCCUCCAUCAUCAUUUCCAAGUGAAUGCAUCCAUUUAUACUCUCAUGUUACUGAGUAAUCGACACUCAGUUCAUGCUUUCACUUCUGCCGGGAGCAUGUUUCCUGCGUAUGCUUCCCACACCAACGAUCAGUGAAACAGAGGAGCUGACACAGACUGUGUUAUCAUACAAGAGGGGAAGGGAACAUACACAGUUUAUAGUGACAAAGAAAAUCUGCUGCAUUAAAAUCAGAUCCACUUGUUUCAAAUUUGCCAGAACUCAGAGUGAGUUCUUUCUCCGCUUUGAAUAUUUCUUGAGUUAUUCCAUCUAUUGUUGCUGCUGCUGGAUUUAGCCACUUUUUAGUAAUUGAUCUUUGUUCUGGCUGCCAAAGAGCUUGCAGCAGCUUUGUAACACUCCUUUUAUUCAGACACAAAAUGUGAUUCAAAUAGAAAUCCACCAAGGUCAUGGGUACCUCAGUCUUACUGAAACACUCAGCUUGUUUGCUGAAUAUGACUUCUGUAGAAACUCAGUUUGGGAAGUCCUAGAAUCUAUGCAAAUAAUUCCCCUUUACUGAGCCUUACUGUAACCUUGUGUGUCUUUAAUUCUCUUGGCAUUAUUUUAAUUAACAUUUUAAUGAGGCCUCGAAAAUCAUUGAGGUUUCCCUAAUUUACAAUGACGUUAAGAUACAGAAUUCACAUUAAACAAAAAAAGCAACAAAAAAUGACAGUAAUCAGUCAAAACAGUUAUAGCAACUUAAAGGGGUAUUUCAUAUUUUUAACCUGGGCCCUGUUUUCCCUGUUAUUUGUUUGUGUCUGCUUGACUGAUGGGGAGCCGUAGCUGAUUCCUGAAGUCUGCAGUUUUUGUUUAAGUAAUAAAACAAUUGUAGGUCUCUGAAAAGUCCCUCUGCUCUGGGCCAUAUUUGUCCAGACAUUCAAAUAUUUAUGCAGUCCUUUUUUGAUACUGUAUGCUUUUAUAUUUCCCCUUUUCUGAGAUUCAAAUCUUCCAGCUCCUCUAUUAUGAACACCGCAGCAUGGGCUUAAUUUUAGUGAAGUUAUAAUGCUGCAAAAUCUGAAAACAGUUGCCAUCAUUUUGCAACUUCAGAGGUUAAGUCAGGGGUCAAAAAUAUCUAUCUGAAGGUCAAACGGUUAUCAGUGUGUUACAUGACUUGUUUUUCUUUGUCUCAUAGAUCAAGUAAAUGAACUGGUUGCACUGAUCCCAUACAGUGACCAAAGGCUGCAGCCCCAAAGAACGUAAGUCAGGAAAACUAGCUAACAUAUAUGUGUUUUCUUGGCCCUGUGGUACAUUGAUUUCCAGCUCCAAGAGUCAGAGGUUAUCAGGAAAGCUAAGCUGCUUUAUUUUUGUGUGUCACACAGGAAGCUAUAUGUGGUCCUGUCAAUCACUUUGUGUCUCCUGGCUUCCUCGCUCGGGGCCUUCUUCCUCUUCCCUCGCUCUGUGGUCGUCAUAGAUGAUGGUGUACACACAGUCACCGUACAGUUCGACACCACCAAUCAGAGGGUCUUAAUGAACAUGACGGUAGGUACCUCUCACUCUGACCUUAUUAAAGCUUACUCUACCUCGUUGCCACUUUAUUAGGUGCACUAAGCUGAGAGUAAUUAAGCCUAAUCUGACAUUCCUGCUAUAUUUAAUGAAGGGUUUAAAGUCUAGUUAUUUGCUGCAAAUGUUUUUAAGAGGUGUGGUUUCUGAAAAGUUUCACUUUGGAAGCUGCAGUUUGUAGUGUUUUUGAACUGGAGGGUGAGACUGAUGAAAAAGACUUUUUACAGUUCGAGGAAAUACUACAGCCUCAAAACAAACAGAAUCUGAUCAACAGUAUACCAAAUUUUCAUCGCUUAAAUCUAUGGCUUCGAACACAGUUUAUUUUUUCAUUGUUCUGUAAUUAAUAGAUUUUUUUAAAGCUCCUAUGGAGAAAUUUUUGUUUGUACCUCUGAUAUCUUUGCUGAUGCUGUCCUGGACAUGUGUCAUCCACCUCAUCUCUCGGAGCAGUUUCAAGCAUUAGGAAUUACAACACAGAAGUUGUCCAGUCUGCUUGAUCGGGUCACAAAAAGGUAGCACUGUUAAUUUCAGUCUAUUUUGUGACCUGUGAAAAACUCCCUUCAGGAGCUUCAAAUAAACAACUAACUGUUGCAUCUGUCGUGAAAACUGAGGAUUGUUGUUUCCCAAAGCCUAUGAUUAAUCCUCACAUUUCUUGUUUUUUUUUCCUUAAAUUUAAAUGCGGAUUACUGAGAAAUAAGGAGACUGGAAAAUAUGGACUGUUGGAAUCAGCCUGGUUUAAGUCUCUGUUUGGUAAUCAAAAUAGUUGUUGCUCAGCUGAACUCUUAUUUAUGUAGUAUAGGAAAAUCCUGUUUGAUUGAAUUCUCUCUUUUAGCAGAAGUACUAGUUUAUGCUGAGUUUGUUUUCAUGCAUUCAUUAUAUAUUUUAUAAACAAGUGAUUAAUUAAUUUAUUUGUUCUAGGAAAUAAAUGAGCAACUAUGCUGAUCAGCUGUUUCAUUUAGCUUUUUAAGCUUAGGUGCAGAAUAUGUCGCUCAAAAAUCUGCAUUUUUAUUUAAAGCUCCUGUGAGAAACUUUCAGUGUUUUUGUGUCAAGUUUAGCGCCCCCCUGUGGACAAAGAUGUCUUUGCUUAUCUUGUCCUUUAAGUGCUUAUCUAAUGUUGUCUGAUCAACCUGACACCUGAGAAUUUAGGCCUCAUUGAAAGAUAUACACUGAGCCCCACCAAACUGCUACGCCAGUAUUUUUUAAUGCCUCAACCUGUCCCUUGAACUUUUCUGCCGAUACAGCACCUCUGCUGAUUUUAUACAUUUAGAUGAUCAUGUUUGAGUCAAGUCUGCUGCCAGGGCUAAAAGGCCAGUGGUCCUUUUCAAACUGCAAGUCUACAGCCAUGCUCUAAGGCCAUCAUCUCUAUGCUGUUUCUGUUCCUGCUCUGCCUGCUUCACUGGCUCAUGUCGAUCCUGCCUCACCUGUAACUUCUCUUUGACACCGGUGUGUUGUCUUGAUCUGACCACCGCGCCUCCAUGGCACUUGUACUGAUGGCAGGACAUAAUAAGGAUAUGAAGACGAGGCUGAUAACUGGUAGUAUGAAAAGGGCUCAUGAUUCAGAACAAUCUCAAAGUUUGACCUUGAGGUCUAUAAGAUAAAACCUCAUUUUUGUUCUCCAUGUGUGAGACUUGCUUCAGUUGUAUCAUAUCAUAGAAGAGUUUUCUUCUUUCUUAAAAGCAGAACUUUUUCAGCCUAAUCUGUUCUAUGCAAUGAGCUGCCGAUCACAACACUAACACCUGGGUUCGUUUUUUUCCACAAACCUCCUUCACAAUCUUUAUUGGAACUGACUGAACUUUUUCUUGUUGCUGAAUGUUUUUUUUCCACAGAGCACUCUGAACCUCAGCAACCCAAACUUCUUCUCGGUGUGGGUGGACAGUGUGAGCUGUCAGGUGUUUUACAUGAAGUCAGUGAUUGGCAGUCAGCAGCAACACAACAUCACUACCCUCCUGCCGCUCAGUGACAUUCAGGUAAAAUAGAAAAAAAAAAAAGACAUUGAAAAAGGAUGAAUUUCUAUGUAAGGGUCCAUAAACGUUCAACUUUAAACCCUGUUUAUAUGUAAAAGUUUAAAGAAGUGGCUAUUGUGUAAGAUUCUAGCUUAAAUAAGAAAUUUAUGACGUUUCUGAGUAAACAGUGUCUGUGUGUACGACAUACACUCACUGGCCACUUUAUUAGGUACACCAUGCUAGUAACGGGUUGGACCCCCUUUUGCCUUCAGAACUGCCUCAAUUCUUCAUGGCAUAGAUUCAACAAGGUGCUGGAAGCAUUCCUCAGAGAGCUUGGUCCAGAUUGACAUGAUGGCAUCACACAGUUGCCGCAGAUUUGUCGGCUGCACAUCCAUGAUGCGAAUCUCCCGUUCCACCACAUCCCAAAGAUGCUCUAUUGGAUUGAGAUCUGGUGACUGUGGAGGCCAUUUGAGUACAGUGAACUCAUUGUCAUGUUCAAGAAACCAGUCUGAGAGGAUUCCAGCUUUAUGACAUGGCGCAUUAUCCUGCUGAAAGUAGCCAUCAGAAGUUGGGUGCAUUGUGGUCAUAAAGGGAUGGACAUGGUCAGCAACAAUACUCAGGUAGGCUGUGGCGUUGCAACGAUGCUCAAUUGGUACCAAGGGGCCCAAAGAGUGCCAAGAAAAUAUUCCCCACACCAUGACACCACCACCACCAGCCUGAACCGUUGAUACAAGGCAGGAUGGAUCCAUGCUUUCAUGUUGUUGACGCCAAAUUCUGACCCUACCAUCCGAAUGUCGCAGCAGAAAUCGAGACUCAUCAGACCAGGCAACGUUUUUCCAAUCUUCUAUUGUCCAAUUUCGAUGAGCUUGUGCAAAUUGUAGCCUCAGUUUCCUGUUCUUAGCUGAAAGGAGUGGCACCCGGCGUGGUCUUCUGCUGCUGUAGCCCAUCUGCCUCAAAGUUUGACGUACUGUGCGUUCAGAGAUGCUCUUCUGCCUACCUUGGUUGUAAUGGGUGGUUAUUUGAGUCACUGUUGCCUUUCUAUCAGCUCAAACCAGUCUGGCCAUUCUCCUCUGACCUCUGGCAUCAACAAGGCAUUUCCGCCCACAGAACUGCCGCUCACUGGAUAUUUUUUCUUUUUCGGACCAUUCUCUGUAAACCCUAGAGAUGGUUGUGCGUGAAAAUCCCAGUAGAUCAGCAGUUUCUGAAAUACUCAGACCAGCCCUUCUGGCACCAACAACCAUGCCACGUUCAAAGUCACUCAUAUCACCUUUCUUCCCCAUACUGAUGCUCGGUUUGAACUGCAGGAGAUUGUCUUGACCAUGUCUACAUGCCUAAAUGCACUAAGUUGCCGCCUUGUGAUUGGCUGAUUAGAAAUUAAGUGUUAACGAGCAGUUGGACAGGUGUACCUAAUAAAGUGGCCGGUGAGUGUACGUCAGCAGCCAUUGCUUCAAGUGCAGGUACAGAGCGCAAACAAGCUUAUCAUGACUGUAAAGCACAUGUGUAGGUGUGUCUGUAACAGGAUGUGGUCUCUGUUUCAAAACAUAUCUUUGAAUAUGAGCUCACAGCUGCUGCUGCUCUACUGCAAAAACGCUGUUUCUGAAAAGUGUUCAUACUUGAAUACUUUAGUACAAGAACACACACAGCCACUGGCCUUAAACUGCAAAUAUUUGAUUACUACUUCUGCCAGCAAAUCCCAUGAAAAGGGCAAAAACUGAGCAUGACUUAAUCCUUCUUACAAGAACUUUAUGCAUUGUGAAAGCUAGAUUUUCUAUUUACGCUAUUAAUCAUCAAGCAGAUAAGAACUCUGGCUUAUUUAACAGUAAUGCACAAUACACUAUCCUGCCUGUCUGAGUACUCAUGAGUAUCACAAGAACAUGGGCAACAAUUACUGUACUUCUGUGUCAGUAACUUUCUUCGAAACGCUGUUAGAGCAGCGAGUAACCACUAGAAGUUAAACUUCUUUAACUGCUUAAGAUGUACCAGCAUUGCAAAAUGCUCGGACAGGCUCUCUUAAGGUGGAAUUUUGUGCUUUGAUAUGGAAGCCCUAAACAGACAUGGAUUAUUUAUAUUUUUACCCCCGUUUUCUUAAUUUAAUUAAUUUUGCAGUGGGCUAGAAACAUUGGGCUGAUCUCUGUACAUGGUGCGGUGUCCGCGGUGUCUGCCUGUCGCUACCUGAUCCGUCCUGGAAACCGGAUUUAUACUGCGCAUGUGCGAAAAUUAUAUACAGUUUAUCACCAGCUACACGCUUUUCUCCUGAACAGAGUGCUUCCCCCGACUGAAGCAGAGCGCCGGAAAGUCAAGAGAAUGGCGCUCAGUUUCGCAGUGAAAGGUUCCUAUUACGGGCUUAAUUGUAAAAUUGCAACAUAGUUAUAAAAGGCUUUGAAUGAAUGUGAAUAUUUCAUCGUUGAAAUUGAAAUGCUGUAUAAAAACGUUGAAAUUCAUUGUCCAUGAUGUGUAGGCUUCUUGUUAAUUAAUUUCAUUGAUAAAAAAACUGAAAUAAAUCCCCCCUUGAUACUCAAGAAAAGUCAGAGAACCAUGAUUUAGAUCAGGUACUACACACCCAAUAAUUUUAGUCCACCGCAAAAUUAAUUUGUGAUGUGAAAAUAAAGCGUGGUUUUCUGGAAGUCAUGAAGCUAACAGGAAAUGUAUUUGUUGACUGCUAAACAGAAGAAGUUACUUCCUUUCCAGAAAAGUAAGGAUGCUGUGUAUAAUGUAAAUACAGGCAGAUUUGGUGGUUUGAAAAUUAUGAUUAUUUGAGAAUAGAAAAGUUAAAUUUGAUGCCAGUAACACGUGUCUGAACAGCUGGGAUUAGGAGCGUGUUUGUGCAGCGUCAGCUCUUCUUCUAACAAAACUUUGUAAACAUCCAGGAACUGAGGAGAAGGUGAAGUAAUGUCUCAUUUGUCCCUGAUUUAGGAUUUCAGCUGCUUAACAUUUGCAAACCAUCAAUUCCUGUUUUUAUUAACUUAAAAAAAACCUGGUGUGUUUGUAAUGUGUCAAUCUUCUGCAGGUGAACUACACAGUCAGCGUGGAGAUUGGCAGCAGCGCACCGUAUGUCUAGUAAGUGUCUCUACUCAGACUCUCAGACUUGAACAGCUUUUCAGCACCAUGUAGAAACACCAAACAUCUGAAGUGGUCUGCAGAGUCUCACAGGGAAGUGGACUCUUGUGGCUGAAAGGAAAACUCAGUUUCUUUAGUCAAAGAUUCCAAAACAGCGGGUCAGCAUGUGAGAGAUGGAUUAUUGAAAGAAUGGUCAAAUUUGAGGCAGCAGAGACUUUACUAUAAUCCUGACUUUGAGUCCCGAGUAUGGGACAGGCUCCAGGAGCUCUGGAUACUUCCCAUAAUGCAACUCCCCUGCCGCCUACACCUCACAUAGUUUCUACCUCUCCAUCUCCAGCUUUCAAAUUGAAACAUCCCUGAUUCAGAUGCAAACAGAAAUGAAAAUAUGAGUGAUUUCUUCGUCAUCGAUGCAGUAUUCAGACUUCUGCGACUGUGUUUGAACAUCUGAUCCUUCUUUGAGAACAGGUAGUUUUGUAGUGCUGUAUUUGCAGCCCUCUGAGCUCAAGAUAAGUAACCGUGGUGUCGACAUCAGUUUUUUUCCAGCCCUAAAACGAUUCCCAUCAGAGCCACAGAGGAAGUUAUGUAACUGAUUUCACAGUCCAGUAGAUCUGUUAUCAUGAGUAAACUGACUGAAGUGCCCCUUUGACUGAAAACUGAAACAACCAGGAGGUUUUUUUUUUCUCUGGAUAUACAAACAGAAACCAUCAUGAAUAAAGAUUUCUACAUAACUGCUGCUCUUCUCAGUCGAAAUCUUCUGUUUUCGUGUUUGUCUCUUUUUCAGUGCCUUCUGCACCAUGACCAGCAUUAAGGUCCACAACAUAGUUGUACUUAUGCAGUAAGUAUCUCUUUUCUUUUACUCCUGGUACAUUUGAACUUAGAUUUUUGUGGAGGUUUAGGCAUAAAAACAGAUCCAGCAGUGGCAUAAACACAGUGCGUAGAAAAGUCUUCAAAGUUUUGUGUCGAGACCUUUUCUGAGCUGAAAACUUUUGUUCAGUUUUGUCGUGUCAUGCUGUCUAACAGUCUAAGUCGACGUUACAACAUCAGUCACUUCCUACAGGGAAUGACUGAUGUGACACAAUGUGGACCAUAGUUUACAUAAAUUUGUCCUCAAGUUAAAAAAUAAGCACAAUUUUACACAAUGAUCUUGAUCAGAAGUAGAUAAUUCUUGUCUUUGUCUUCUUUUAUCGUUAAUGCAUGUCCAGUUUUUACUUUGUUGCCUAUAGGAUGGAAAAAGUGUCAGAACCUGUGCUCAUAGUAAGACCUGAAGAGGCAGAGCAACAUGGAGACCAGUUCUGUAUUUGGACUCACUUCCUGUUUCCUGUUCCCACUUUCAGAACCACAGUGAAAACCGCCAACAUGGUGCACACGACCAUGAACAGCCUGGAGGCGUACCGCUACAUCGACUGUGGCUCCAACACCACAGACGUCCAGCAGCACUUCACCUCCACCCUCUCGCCUGUCUUAUCCGUCAGCCCCCCUCUGCUCUGAGUACUGCAGAGGGACGGGUGUUAGUGCACACUCCAGGAUGGAUUCUCUUUCCGUCUCAAAGAAAACCACCAGCAACAGACGUACGAAAAGGUGCUUCCUCCUUUUAGAUCUGGCAGAAUAAGUCGCUGUGAAUGAUGGUUCUGUUUCCUAGACAACCAGAGUGCAUAGAUUUUCAUUUGGACAGUCCAGAAGCAGUCGAUAAGCGGUUUGUUUUGGUGGCUGUCAGACUUUGAUAUUUCACUCCACGCAGCAUCAGAUAUUGAUUUUGACUUGCCUUAGCUUGGCUCUGGAUUGGCUGAAGUUUAGCUGUUUCAGAGUGAGUCACAUCAGUCAAACCAGAUGUAGAGAAAUGAACCAGGCCCCUGCCAAUGAGCACACUGUAGCUCUGUUUAGUAGGCAGGACAAAUGUUCUUUCUGUCCAGAGAACAGACCACAUUCUCAGCUGACCAGGAUCUGCCACAGACAGCAUUUUUACCAUCCCUUUAAUAACAGUGCAGUGCUCUGUCUGUCUGUCUGCUGCUGUUGCAACAUCAGGAAAGAAUUCUUCUGCAAAGCUUGAAUGACCUUUGUAUCAUAACACUGUGUUAACCAGAGGCUGCUGAACCAGAGGCUGCCUGCUGUUUCUAUUUUGAAUCGAAUGCAGGGAUUAUUUAGUAUUUGCACCUUGAAACCGGGACAUACUGUUACACACAUUCAUCUACUCUCUGAAUCUCAAGUUAAAAAUGGCAUCAACAUAUUGAAAAAGUUACUAAAUGAUUGUAUAAGUUAGUCCUUGGAACAUUUCAUGACAGCAGCUUGGAGCACCUUCAGGUCAAAGCAAAAAACGAGAGGAAUCAUGUUCUCAGAUCGACUUCUCUUUGAGAUAUGAGGUAAAAAUCACAUUUUUAAGUGAUCACGAAAACUUACCAGGUAUUUAUGAAGGUCUCUUCUUAAAGCGUCUUUCUUCCAUAAGCUUGACUUCAUAGUGCAAAAAAAAAAUUGACUGAGAAAUUGUGAUUAUUUUUAAAGGGAUAGUUUGUAAAUUUCUGUACGAAAGAUUUUACUAGUGUUUUUAAAAAUAUGGUUCUUAAAUAGAGAUGAUAAUGAGUUGUGAAUAAAUAAAAGUGAUUGAAACCAAAAA